UACAACGAAGGCUGGCAGCGGUGCUUUGGAAAACCCACUUCUCCAAAAUUAAAGUUUGACUACAUUCUUCUUACCGAACGGGAGACUUCACAGAAUAGACUCGCUUUUUUUCUCCGUUUUUUUUUUUACCAUUGCUUAUUGGGGAAAUGACUAAACCAUCAGACUUUUAGGAGAAAAUACAUUGGAAACUUUCUACACAGGAAGCAAGGUCUAACUGCAGAUUGCGGACGACUCAGAUGCUCAGAACAUGGAGCUGAACAGAGGAGAAGUACCUCUAUAUGGCCAGGUGGAGGUCCGUGCUGUGUUACAGGUUCCAGAUCUGGACAGGGAACCAGAACAGACAGAGUUCUACGUGGUUCUAGAAGGUUCCAGACUAGCCCAUGUUACUGUAGUUAAGAGAGCGGAGGAUGGAGAGUCUCUUUGCUUCACAGUUCCUGGUCACGACCUCCAAGAGACCGCCUCUGUCACAGUGUAUCGUCACACAGAGGGCGGAGCCAAGCCUUGUGGAGGCAGGGCCUCCCUGAGGUACGUCUGGGAUUUGCCACAGGAAGUGGCCGAGUACCUGCUAGCCAACAGCGACUGUCUGAGUCCCCAGAGCCACCUGGAGGUUCUGAGGAGGGUCUCAGCAGCUCCAGGGGAGGGUGACAUGGAGUGUGACAUGAGCGCUGGUCCAGGAAAGGAGCACUCUCUGGGACAGACAGACCAGGAGGAGGAGGGGGUUAGAGGUGGGAGACCCAGACCUGAUCCACAGAUAGAGUGUCAUCUCAGGGAGAUGGAUGAGAGGAUAACCCAGGCCGUGGCCAACCUGAACUACCCUCUGGAGUGGAGCGGCAAGGCCAGCCAACCUAGAGAAGAGCUCCUGCCCAGGGAGGCUCUCCUCCACCUCUCAGUGCGUCUGGGUUUGCUCCAUCUCUCCCGCUUUCUGAUUGGCCAGCCUAUGGGUCAGAGGGCACUGACCAUGCCCAAUGAGGAGGGGGAAACGCCCCUCCAGCUGGCUCAGAGGAGAGGAGACCACUCCCUCUUUAUGGCACUCGCUACUUCACCUGUCCCUCAGAGGUCUCCCCUUGUCGGGGUGUGGUGUGUAUGGGCAGAUAGCACCCGUGUACUGAGGUUCUGUCCUGGAUCUGGCUGCCUCUCCCUCACCUACCUGGGGGGCCCUGAGAGCAGUGUUCUGGGCAACAUCCUGGUCCUCAGAGAGAAACUGAUGGACCACAACAUCCUCAGACAGAUCUCAGCACUGCGAGGUGAUGUUCAGAUGGAGGACAGUUACGGAUUGGACGUCCAUAGAAGUGAUGCCAGUGACGGAGGUCUGGGCAGGGGGCUGCCACUUAGAUACCUUACUCUGGUGGAUAGUGUUUUUGAAGAUCAGCUUGUUCUCUCUCUGGAUGAUGAUGAGGAGCUUCCAACGUUACAAACAGUAAAGUCCCAGACGACCCACCCCAGAGGAACCCAGAGACAGUUCUCUCACUCUGCUGCUACAGACACAUUAGCCUCCAUGAUCAAUGGCAGGAGUCAGCUCGACACAGAGGUGGAUGACCUAAGGGCUAAGGUCAGUGUUGCUAGGAUAACGAGGGACAGCUCUGUGACUGUCAGCAGGGUGUGGGACUUGUUGGACUCAGAGGCCCUGCUCCUACAGGCCACCUCCACCCCUCUAUCUCCCUUGGGACUAGAGGAACAACAGUCCCCCUCUGUCUCUCACUCCCCCUCUCCCUCACCUUCCCCCGCUGACCGAGCCCUCGUCCGACUCAACAGCAACUCCCACUCUUACCUAACCAAUCAGAGAGGGAGCCCGCCUCUGGAAUCCCCUGACCUCAGCCCCAGUCUGGUAGCUCUAGUGAUGGACAGUGAGGAAGAUGAGGAGGGGUUCCUGGUGAAGUCUUCCCUCUCUCCCAUCUCUCCUCUGACCUCUGACCCUCGUAGCAGCGGGGACGACACCUCCCUAGACCUCACCUGCACACGCACACACUCCGCGUCCUCAGACGGCGACCCCACCCUCGCAAAGGAUAUGGGCAACCAGGGGAUCAGACACCGCUCCUAUUCAUCCCCCAAGAUUAGCCUGCUGCCCCCCCGCUUCUCCCGCAAAACCCUAGCCACGCUUGCGACCUCUGACCUCAGCCCAGAACAGAGAACAUUCAGUCUAUCAGAGCAGCCUCUCGAAAAAAGAAUUGAAGAGGAGGAGUGGGACAAGUACAACAUCCCCUCCAAGGUGGAGUCAGAGAAAUACAAAGUGAUUCGUACCUUCAGCUUCCUCAAGAGUAGGAUGUCCACCACUCGCAACAAGAACAAGAAACCUCAGGAUAAGUAUGCAGUGACUAUGGUGAAGAACCGAACAGCAUCCCUCCCACAGAGUGAGUUUUACAUCACACAGUCCAAAGGUCAUUGA